CCUCCUCUUUCGCGUCUCCUCCGCUCCUUGCCUCUGCCGCCUCCCGCUGCCGCUGCCCCGCCGCCUCCGUCGCCGCCCUCCGCCCGCCUCCGCUCCGCUCCCGGCCGCCAGCUCUCCUUUAUUUAUCUCACCUUCCUCGCCCCACAGCCUCCUGACACAAGGUCCUCCCGGGCGCGCCCCGCAGGCAUUUUAUCCCCUCACCGGCCUCUCACUAAUAUCGCAUGUCCACUAUCCAGAACCUCCAAUCUUUCGACCCCUUUGCUGAUGCAACUAAGGGUGACGACUUACUCCCGGCAGGGACUGAGGAUUACAUUCAUAUAAGAAUCCAACAACGAAACGGCAGAAAGACACUGACCACUGUUCAGGGAAUUGCAGAUGAUUAUGACAAAAAGAAACUUGUGAAAGCUUUCAAAAAGAAAUUUGCUUGUAAUGGUACUGUGAUUGAACACCCUGAAUACGGUGAGGUUAUCCAACUUCAAGGUGACCAGAGAAAGAACAUUUGCCAGUUCCUCCUGGAGGUUGGCAUUGUCAAGGAGGAGCAGCUUAAGGUUCAUGGUUUCUAAAAUGAGCAAAAACACAUGGAGAAUUUCUUGAAUAGUUUUGUUCUCUAAGCCGAAUUGGCUACCUUGUGAAAUGAGUCUCUGCAGUAAACGGACUUUUCAUUUAUUUAAUCAUUCAAAGUUCCAUUCACAUCUGCAUGAUUACAGAAAACAUGUCUGUAGGCUAGUAACACAUAAGAAAAUUGCAGUAAGAUGGUAACUAAGCCCCUUAUUCAUCCUAACACAUUUCCAAUGGAAAGUAUUUUGUUUCAAGUGUUUAUUGUUCAGUUUAUUACUUUUCACUUAAAAUGUUUUUGUUGUAUUAAACCAUGUAUGUUGCAGCUUAACAAUAAAAAAGCUUCUUAACACUUCUGUGAGCAGUUAUGCUCCCAAGUCUAAACAAGACCCAGUUACAAGCACUUUUUUUUUAAUUUUUUAUUAAUAUAAACUUUCAAUAAAUGGAUUUCUCCUUCAGCAAAUACUUCCAGGAAGAAUAGUUAAACUUUAUUGUGACAUUGGAAGCUAAUCCUCUGAGCACUGAAGGAAAUGGGAGCAUUAAAUACUCUUGAGUUUGCUUCCCCUUCCCCUAGUAUAAUGGCACAUUCCAUGACCAUUCCUUGUUUACUGAAUAAAAUCCUUGGAACAUAGUAUAAGUGUAGUACAGAGCUGAACUAUAUCUUAUCAUCAGUGCCACAAUUCAGGUCCUUGUGAAUUAAAAAGUCGUCACUGGAAUUGUGCUCCUGUCAAGAAAUUAAUAUCAUCUUUGGGUGAAUCUUUUGCUCCAAUACCUAUUUUAUGGCUCAUGCCUUAAAGUAAAAUAAGCAGAGAAUCUUCUGAAUGAGGAAAGAGGAGAAUCAACUUGGGAAUAGUAUGAGAUAAGUUGGAGGUGUGUGGAUUAGAGUAACAUGAUGGGGGUGGGGCAUGAUUUAAAAUGCUAGAAAUGCAGUCCCUCUUCAUAGUUAAUAAAUUGUAAUGGAGACAAUAGCCUUGAUGUUUUUGUCAAGGGAAUUAAUAUAGUUGCACAGUAUUCAAGCAGAAUAGCCAAAACAACUGGACCCAAAUGUAUAAGCUAUUAAAUAAUAAACUGAGGACAGGGACCUUGCUUUUGUAUUCUCCAUAGUGGUGUGUACAUACAUAGUAGGUGCCUGGUAAAUAUUUGUCAAAUUAAUAUAGUGAGUCAAUUUUGAUUUAUUAGAUGGUUCUGUGAAAUGUAUGUUAUCACAUUGUGUGCCAGCUGAACCUAUGUCCAUAAUACUUGCUAAAUAUACUUGCCUCCAUGAAUUCAUUCUGUUCACCCAUGAUUUUAUAACGGGGAGGGGCACUGUCUUGUUUUCCUUAAUGGAAUAAAAUAUUAGAACUAAGACUUAACUAUUCACUUUAUAGUUAAGUUUGGAAUUUGCAUUGUAGUCAACAUCUUUGGAAAAUCUUAUGGAAUCAACAGUCUGGUAAUGUGCCAUAUAAAUGUGAUAUGUCCAUUUUAAAUAACUGAGAGUUGUAUUUAUUUUCAUGUAUAUCAUAAUAUAUAACAUUAGUGGUCUUUGAGCUGUAUUUGAGGACUUUUUUUGCACUUUUUUCAUUAUAAGUGUUUUCCACACAUUUGAAAUGAAAACAGAUUUUUCUUUGAGAUGAAAA